UUAUAUUAUUAUCCGACUCUGGAAUUGGGGUUAGAAAUCUGUCCCAAAAAAAAGUUUGGGGUCGGAAAGUGGAGGAAGUUGGGUGGGAUCAGCAGCAACACAUCACAAAUAAAUAGAAUAAAAUCAAUUCGGAGAAGUGAAGCAAAGAAUCGAAUAGAAACAAUGAAUCAUAUGUUCAUAUCAGGGAGAAGAAGCAUGUCGACGGUAUCCAAAGCCGUCGCCGAAAUAGUCGGUGUCGGCAAAACCAAGACUCGCAAAGCUACCAGUGAGCUCUGCACCUUCAUGGGCAUCCCUCAUCAUUGUCGUUCCGAAAUAGCCUUAAUCAUUUCCAAGUUCAUCAAACUCUACAAUUUCCGGAGUCCUGGUAUUAAGAAAGAUAAGCUCUGGGAGCAGAAUUUGCAAACGCUGUUGCGUGGCAGAAACAGUGUUGGUUUUCCCGAGAUUGCAAAGAUUCUGUCUCCUGAAUUCAGCCAGGGUGCGAUUAAUAUCAAGGAUACUAGUAUGGAUUCGGUCACGGAUAACACAAAGGCGAAAGGCCCACAGAAGAAAGGGAAAAAGUCAAAGAAAUAGGAAUUGGAGCAUGUGGUUGGGUUUCUUUUUUUCUUCCUAGGUAGGAUCCAAGUCAGAUUUUUGAAACUUCCUGUUUUACUUAAUCUUUAAUUCUGCAUGCUAGUUUCAUGAAAGGUUUCCAAUGACAAAACUCGAGUUUGAGUAUUGAAACUAGUUUGGCUAUUGCCUUGUGGUCCAAUGACAAAACUAUUUAUUUUCUGUGUUAUUUCCUGUUUACUUCGUCGUUACUUUUCUACUUGUUUGUUUCAUUGAACUAAAUCACAACUGUUAUAAAAAUUUCACAAUGCUUAUUAA